GGGUCUACAACUAAAUGUAAAGAAGACUAAACUAAUGACAACAGGCACAGCAACCAGCCUCAGAACUGGCAAAGAAGACACUGAAGUAGUAGAUAGCUUCUGUCUUUUAGGACUGACCACCAACAGUAAAGGAUCCAGCAGUCAAGAAAUACGCCGCAGACUAGCACUUGGUAGGGUUCCAAUGAAGGCCUUGGAAAGGAUAUUUAGAUGUUAUGACGUGUCUAUACCUAUAAGGAUUAGAAUUGUGUUCAGACCAUGGUUUUUCCCGUGACACUCUAUGGAUGUGAAAGCUGGACUUUGAAGAAGCAAGAGAGGGGAAAACAUUGACGCUUUUGAACUUUGGUGCUGGAGAAGACUUUUGAGGAUACCAUGGACGGCCAGGAAAACGAACAAAUGGGUCAUAGAACAAAUCAAUCCAGAAUUUUCACUCAAGGCACAAACUAUCAUACUUUGGACAGUAUGAUAGUUUGUGCCUUGAGAGACCUUGACAGACCAAGCUCAAACUAUCAUACUUUGGACACAUUAUGCGAAAACACAGCUCCCCUGAGAAGUCCAUAAUGCUGGGGAAAGUUGAAGGAAAGGAAAGAAGAGGACGAUCAGCAGCAAAGUGGACUGACUUGAUCACAACAGCAAUGAAUGCAUCACUGAGAGACAUUAAAGGCCAAGUCGAAGACAGAUCAUCCUAGAGAGAAUCUAUCUAAGUGGUCGCUAAGAAUCGACACCGACUUGAUGUCACUUAAUCAAUCAAGGUUGGAGGCGCUGGAGAGAGGAUUGAACCCAUCAGGCCUGGCCCCCGCCGGGGGGCCGGAAGCGCCUUCUGCUCCUGAGGGACCAGCCCCGGCUCCGCCUGUUCCUGUGCUGCCAUCUCCCGUGGACCCGGCUCCUGAUGUUCCUGCGUCAUCGCUGCCUGUGCCUGCCGCUUCGGUUGGACAUCCGCCUGCAGAUCCGGCUAUGCCGUUGGUUCCGGGUGAGCCAGCAGCACCGACACCUCCCGGCGGCACCGGCCAGUGGCCUGCUGUUCCCUGGCCGAUUCCUGCCAUGGGUGGAUGGGGGCCAGCUUCCUACUGGUCCCCCUAUACACAACACUUGGGUAUGGGUUUUCCUUUGGCGUUUCCUGGGGUCACGGCUGGUACACAGGGUGCAGCAGAGCAGGUAUGGUUGGGCGGGCGGCCUGCGAGUGGCCCGUUCCCCUCCCCCAGUUUUCCUUCUUCAGAGCAGAAUGCCGCUAAUCGGCCUGGGUAUUACCCAAUGGGGAUUCUGCCUUCGGCCCAGCACGCCCCCUACGGGGGCAUGGGCCUUCCCCUAGGGGAUCACUUGUUGCCUUCUACCAGGGAAAAGAUUCUCAAGGGGGAGUAUGUAGACAUCUUUAGUCUUCUGUUUAGGGAACCAGAAGUUAAACAUAAGGAGGGUGAGUCUUGCAAGGAGCAUGAGGCCACCAAGAGAAAGCCAGUGGAAAAAACAUGGAAUAACUGGCUGUCUGGCUUUACUAUCUACAUGGGCGUGAUACUUCAGGCGCAGCCGGCUCGGGGCCCGGCUCUCCUGAAGUAUAUGGAUAUCAUUCACCGUGCUGUCUCAGAUUUUGCUGGAUCUUCAUGGAUCCGUUAUGAUGAGAGUUUCCGUAUGAGGGCAGCUUUGGAUCCCACUCUGCCGUGGGAUACACCUCUGCAGGAACUAUGGCUGGUGAUCAUGUCUCCAGCUCGCCCAGUUGAAGGUGACCGCUCGGAUAGUGGACACUUGUUGUCCAGGCCUUCCGGGGUUUCGGCCGCAGCGGGGGCGGGCCAGCAGUGGGUUCAACCCCAUCUGGUCUGCUGGGAGUAUAACACCAGCGGCAAGUGCUCUCACUCCCCCUGUCGCUUCAGGCACGCAUGCGGUUUUUGCGGAGCAAAGCACCCCAGUACAUCGUGCUCCCGAGCCAAACCUGGUGGUCCCGGGUCCAAGUUUAGGCCUGGAAACAAUCGGAAGGGUGGUCCCCCCCCACCCCCUUCGGGUAAGGGGCCCCAGCCCCAUCAGGCUUGACGUGUUAGAGCGCUUGCUGAUGGACUACCCUGACCGGUUGGCAGCCUCUUAUCUACUUUUGGGCUUUCGGGAUGGCUUCCGGAUUCCUUCCUCUGCACGCCGGGGGCUAGGGAGUCCUCGUAAUCUUAGAUCUGUGGUGGGCAAGGAGGAUGUGGUAUUACGGAAGAUUACUAAGGAGGUGGUGGCAGGUAGGGUGUUAGGCCCCUUCGAUGCCCCUCCUUUUCCCCGGUUACGAACCUCGCCCCUUGGAGUGGUUCCAAAAAAGGUUCCUGGUGAAUUCCGGUUAAUUCACCACCUUUCGUAUCCCAAAGGGUUGUCUGUCAAUGAUGGCAUACCCGAUAGUUUGUGUUCGGUUCGUUACACUUCCUUUGAUGAGGCAGUCAGAGUAGUUAGGGGUCAGGGCCCAGGGGCCCUUUUGGCCAAAUGUGAUAUUGAAUCCGCCUUUCGCCUGCUGCCCGUUCAUCCGGACGACUUUGAGUUGCUGGGCUUCACAUUUGCUGGCCAGUUCUAUUUUGAUCGGGCCUUGCCAAUGGGUUGCUCGAUCUCUUGUGCCGCCUUUGAGGCUUUCAGCUCUUUUUUGGAAUGGGCGGUCAGGCGUAGGGCGGGCCUUCAAUCUACAGCUCAUUAUUUAGACGAUUUUCUUUUUGUCGGUAGGGGCAAUUCAGGGGAAUGCCACCGCUUGUUGCGCUCCUUUAUGGGGCUGGCGGAGGAGCUUGGGGUACCGCUGGCUAAGGAUAAAACUGAAGGGCCAGUUACCCGGCUUUCCUUCUUGGGUAUUGAGAUUGAUACGCUUGCUGGUUGUGCUAGACUCCCGCAGGCUAAACUACUAGUGCUGGUGGAGCUGCUUAGGGCCUUAGGGCGGGCCCGUAAAGCCUCCCUUAGGGAGCUUCAGGUGGUAACGGGGCAUCUUAACUUUGCUUGCAGGGUUGUUGCCCCUGGUCGGGCCUUUCUGCGUAGGAUCUGUGACUUGACAAUGGGCCUGCGCGCUCCCCAUCACAGGGUCCGGGUUACUGAAGGGGUCAGGGCUGAUUUGUCCCUUUGGGAGUCCUUUCUGGCCGGCUACAAUGGGGUUACUUUUUGGAGACAGGAGCAGCUUUUAGAGGCUGAUCUGCAGGUCCAUUCGGACGCUGCUGGAGGUGCAGGUUUUGGGCUUUACUUUAGGGGCCGCUGGUGUGCUGCUCCCUGGCCUCGGGACUGGUUUGAACGCGGGGUAACGCGGGAUUUGACCUUUUUGGAACUGUUCCCAAUAGUGGUGGCAGUUCACAUCUGGGCUGAGGAGUUUGCUGACUCCUCAGUUCGUUUCUGGUGCGACAACCAGGCAGUGGUGCAGGUUGUCAACUCUCAGUCUUCGCGCUCCCCUAGGGUUAUGGUUCUGGUCAGAGCUUUAGUUUUGCAGUGUCUGCGGGCCAACAUUUUGUUCCGCUCCCGCCAUGUGCCGGGGAUUCGGAACGACAUCGCUGACGCUCUGUCUCGUUUCCAGGUGGACAGAUUCAGAGCGUUAGCUCCCGAGGCUUCUCUGCACCCGGACCCCAUGCCGGCUUUCCUUUGGCAGCUUGGCAGGUGGAGGCGCAGCAGGCGAUAGCGGCGUCUCUGGCGCCUGGCACCAGAGUUAGCUACGCAGCCAAGCUUGAGGCUUUUGCCCUUUUUCGAAGGGCUGAAGGUUUGCCUGAGGUUUGGCCGGUCCCCGUGGGUCAGCUGCAACAGUUCCUAGUCACGUUACGCAGAGCAGGACGGGCCGUGUCCACCCUGGGUGGUUAUUUAGCUGCCCUUGCAUUUGAGGCGCAGGUGAGGGGGGUGGGUGAUUUUUCCUCCGACCCUCGCGUGCGGCGCAUGCUGGAGGGCUGGGCCAGGGCUGACCCUGGCCCUGGAGACUCUAGGCGGCCCUUUACCCUGGAUAUGGUGACCGCUACACUCAGUCAGUUAGCCGGGUGCUGUGCAGAUUCUUGGGAGGUGUCUUUGUUCCGGGCUGCGGUUUUAGUGGCUUUUUUCGGAGCCUUUCGCCCCGGGGAGCUGCUCCCGCGCAGCAGGGUUUCCCCUCGUGACCGUUGUCUGCAGUUCUCCGACCUGUCAUUGUCAGGAGAAGAGGCGCAGCUUUUUCUUCGCCGCUCUAAGACGGAUCAGCGGGGGAGGGGCCAGACGGUUCGCUUGGCGGCCGCUGGGGAUAGGCAAAUUUGCCCGGUGUCGGCCCUCAGAGCCUAUGUUGCUCUGGGACCGGACUCUGGGGGGUGUUUGUUCGCGCAUUCGGAUCGGACUCCUCUUACCCAGUAUCAGUUUCUUUCAGUGAUUAAAAAGGCCCUUAGCGCGGCCCUGAUUCCCCUUGAGGGAAUUACGCUUCACUCUUUCCGCAUUGGGGCAGCUACUACUGCCACGAGGUUGGGCCUCCAGGAAGCGGAGGUUCGGAGGAUUGGGAGGUGGAAGUCCGUGGCGGUCAGACGCUAUGUGCGCUGACAGCGGGCUUUUUUCGGCUGCUAUUGAUUGUGUUUUUUCCCUUGGCAGGUGUUGGGGGAUCGGUGGCUCCAGUACGGAUCCUGUUGUGCGGCCACUCGCUGGUCUUUUGGGCCUUCAAGCGGGCUAGCACGUCUCGUUGGGGAUCCCAGCUUGGGUUUGGAAGACGGGCUGCUGUGUACUGGUUGGGCAUGCGUGGGAUGCUCUGGAACCAGCUACUGCCCGCACUUAGGGAGCACUUAGAUAGUUUUUCCCCGCCCGACAUCUUGGUUUUGCAUUUAGGGGAAAAUGACCUAGGCAAGCGGACUGGCCUGUCUAUUGUUCAGCAGGCCUCCUCUGAUUUGUCCUUAUUGCAGGAAUGGAUGCCCGGGGUGCUUAUUCUCUGGGUUAAUUGGCUGCAGCGUAGGGUGUGGCGGAAUGCCCGUUCGGGGCUUUGUCUAGAAAAGGCUAGGCGCAAAGCUUCAGCCGCAAUUGGGAAACUUGUGAUAGCUGCCGGUGGUGCUGUAAUACACCACCCUAAUGUGGUGGCUCGUCUUCCCGAGUUAUAUCGUGCCGAUGGGGUUCACCUUUCGGAGCUUGGUUGUGAUCUAUAUUUAGGUAACAUACAGAGGAGGCUUGCUGAAUUUUUGGGCAGUGGUGGGGCAGGGAGGUCAAGCGUGGGCUAACCUCCCUGGGUGGCGGUAACAGUGCGGGCUGAGGGGUAAGCAAGGUAUAGUAUCGGUGAGCACCCUUGGAUAUUUAAAGGUGGAUUGGUUAAUCGCUCCUUUGUUGCCUGUGCGGCGCGGGGAGUAAUUGAUGGCCAUGAAACCUGCUCCAGGUCUUCACCAUCCUUUGGGCUGCGCGGUCCGGGGGGGUGAAUACCGGGAGCUGUCCAGGUCCCCUCUUCUAAGGGGGUGGUUGGCUUUGAUGGAAUAGGGCAGGGCGUGCCUGCCCCCUUUCCGGAGCCAGGGUGUGUCGCCCAAAGUGGCAAUGGGCAGGAUGAGGGUAAUCCUAGCCCUUGCCUAGGAGCCCGCACUGUUUCGUUGGUGAUUCAUCACCCACUGUUCAGUUCGCCUUUGCUGGUUGUUAAUUAAUUAAUAAAGAGAGGCCCUUUACCCAUAAAGAAUGUCUAAGUGUCUUCUUGGGCCGGGGUCUGGGGAAAGUUCCCCUCCCCUCUGCCUCGUGCUGCGGGGAGGUCCUUUUCCCCAGCCCAGCUCAGCACGAGGACCAAGAAGGGUCCUGAUUGGCUGGCCGGGCUUGGUGGGCGUGGUUUUGGCCGAAAACGGCCGUUCCACGCUCUGAGCCGACCAGUCCUUUUGGAUUGUCCCCUCCCUCCCUUCCCUGGUGCAGAGCGGGUCUAGAGAUUGGUCGCCUCUGGGGCCGAGUAGGAAUUUUUUUGCCCUUAACCGAUUGGCCAUGGUUGGGGUUUUUUUCGCCUACUCCGUUCUGUAUUCAGUGAGUAGUUAGGUUUUAGGUUGGCCACGUUAGCGGUAACAGUGCGGGCUGAGGGGUAAGCAAGGUAUAGUAUCGGUGAGCACCCUUGGAUAUUUAAAGGUGGAUUGGUUAAUCGCUCCUUUGUUGCCUGUGCGGCGCGGGGAGUAAUUGAUGGCCAUGAAACCUGCUCCAGGUCUUCACCAUCCUUUGGGCUGCGCGGUCCGGGGGGGUGAAUACCGGGAGCUGUCCAGGUCCCCUCUUCUAAGGGGGUGGUUGGCUUUGAUGGAAUAGGGCAGGGCGUGCCUGCCCCCUUUCCGGAGCCAGGGUGUGUCGCCCAAAGUGGCAAUGGGCAGGAUGAGGGUAAUCCUAGCCCUUGCCUAGGAGCCCGCACUGUUUCGUUGGUGAUUCAUCACCCACUGUUCAGUUCGCCUUUGCUGGUUGUUAAUUAAUUAAUAAAGAGAGGCCCUUUACCCAUAAAGAAUGUCUAAGUGUCUUCUU